AUGACUGAAAAAAGGUACUUUGACCUUUCAUCCCGUGAUAUUGCCAUCCAACUAGACCUGAUUGCAAAAGUUCAUGGGAUAGAACAAGCUGAGAAUUAUUUCAGUAAUGUGCCAAUAAAGUUUAGAGCUCUCGAGGUUUAUGGUGCUUUUCUCAUCUGCUACGCCCAUGUUAAACACGUGGGGAAGGCAGAAGCUAUUAUGCAGAAAAUGAGAGAUUUGGGGUUGGAUAGGACAACAGUGCUCAGCGCCUACGCAGCUGCUUCCAACUUCAAGGGAAUCAACAAGAUUCUAAGAAGGAUUGAAUCCAAUCCUAUUGGUAUUUUGAAUUGGACUGUUUAUGCUAUUGCUGCAAAUGCAUACGCAAAAGCUGGGCUUUUGGAAAAGGCUUCGUCAAUGCUAAAGAAAUCCGAGAGAUUGAUAACUGCCAAAAAGAGGGCUUUAGCAUUUGACUACCUUCUCACACAAUACGCGGCAAUAGGUAAGAAAGAUGAAGUGGUAAGACUCUGGGAGGUUUACAAGAUGGAGGGUGCUGAGAAGAUAUAUAAUGAGUGGGAAUCCAGAAAAUUAACCCAUGAUAUCAGGAUUCCCAACCACUUGAUUGAUGCGUUUUGCAAAAAAGGACUUCUGGAAAAGGCCGAAGCCCUUGUAAACCGGAUAAUGGUCAUGAAAGGAAUAAAGCCUAAUGUAUGGACUUACUAUUAUUUGGCAACAGGGUACAUUCAGAUUGAUCAAACUAAAAAGGGAGUCGAAGCAAUGAAGGAAGCAAUUCUGGUCUCUGAGUCGUGGUGGAAGCCAAGCAAGGAAAGCUUGGCUGCCUGUCUGGAGUACUUCGAAUGCAAAGGAGACGUGGAGUGA